UAGGUUUCACCUCUAAUCCUCUAUCUAUAAAUUAAAUGUUAUUUUUCUGAGAUUUGUUUGUUUCUCCUCCAUGUAUCAAUUAAAUAUUUUUAGUGAGAUUUGUUUGUUUCUCCUCCAUCUAUAAAUUAAAUAUUUCUUUUGGUCUGAGAUUUGUUUCCAUCUAUAAAUUAAAUAUUUUCAGUGAGAGAUUUGUUCCAUCUAUGAAUUAAAUAUAAUUAUUGGAGAUUUGUUUCAGAGUUUGAGAAUAAAUAGUUUGUCCUUGCUUAAACAAACCAGAAUUCAUCAGUUUUGAAUUUCAACACAAGAUAGCUUUAGCAAGUGCAAGCCAUCAAUUUCGAUGAUUUCAACACAAGAUAGCAAGCGAUUUAGGGUUAGCAAGCCAUCGAUGAUGAUUUCAACACAAGAUAGGCUUAGUAACCUUCCUGACUCAAUUCUCUCUCACAUUCUCUCUUUUCUUCCAACCAAAUUAGCCGCCCGCACAAGCAUCCUCUCAAAGAUCUGGAAAUCAAUAUGGCUUUCUCUCACCACUUUGGAUUUCACUAUUGGAAUCACCCCAAACCAUGUUAUACACUCAAUCAUACUAUCUCGUGACAUCAAAUUGCCAAUACUAUCAUUCCGCCUAACGUGUGACAAACCUGAAGAUGAAGAUUUAGACUCAGUUAUUAAGAUAGCAAUACAAAGAAGAGUUGAAACCCUAGAACUUAACAUGCUCUCUUACCCUUUAGAGAUGAAAUUCUUUUCUAAUUUUUUCACUUCUAACACUCUUACUGUUCUCAAGCUUACACACAUAUAUAUUGUCAAAGACCUUCCUGGAAUAAGUGUUUCUUCUUCUAUCAAAACUAUUUAUUUAGAUGAUGUCAUUUUCUGUCGUACUAGCUAUGUCAUCAACUUUUUCUCCGCCUUUCCCAAUCUAGAGGUAUUGCAAACAAAAUGCGUAGGUGUUUACGAUUGGUCUAAUCUACCUGCACCUGGAGCAAUGAUGGAAUGUUUGCCCAAUUUGGUGAGAGCUGAUAUUAAUGACCAUGUACUUAUUCCUUUACUCCCCUUUUCCAGGGCACUCAUUCUCAAUUUAGGGAAGGUAUGGUCGCACCCCUUUGUACAAGUCCCCAAUUUUUACAAUUUAACUCAAAUGGAGCUAUUCAUUGACUUGGACCAAUUAGGGAAGUGGAUACUUAAACUGCUUCAACAUACUCCCAAACUUGACCAUCUUAUCAUUCAUCAUCAGGAAAUAGAAAAUCAGAAGGAAAUCUAUGCGAUGAAUCGGGAGCGCAUAAAGAAGAUGAAUAAUCAGGUGGACCCAAAGAUGGUUCCAGAAUGUCUUUCUUCUCGGCUCAAAACUUGUUUGUUUCCAAGUUGGAGAGGCAAAAACUACGAGCUUCAAUUUGCUGAAUAUAUCAUGCGAAAUUCAAAAGUAUUAAGUACCAUGACAAUUCAGUGCUCCUCUUCCUUGGAUUUAAAUGCAAAAUAUCAAAUAUUACAAAAAUUAUCUCUAUAUCCAAAGGGCUGUAAACUUAUAUUUGACUGAUUCUGGAAUACAUUUAAAUGCAAAGUAUUAAGUAUUACAAAACUCAUCUCCAAGUCCAAAGGGCUGUAAAGUUAUAUUUGAUUGAUUCUCUAUGUGAAAUACAUUAUCUUUCUAUAUGCAAUUUAAAUUCAUUAUAAUCCCUCACAAUUCUUACUUUUUGUUUUUUAUUUUAACUGUUUUCAUCACUAAGUAUCAUUUUCUUUUCUCGCAACUGUUUUAAGUUUGUUGUAACCGGUGUAUUUUGUUACAUGCUUAAUUUGGCAAAGAUCACAAAAUGCCUUACUUUUCCCUCUCUAUACAGCCAUAGAAUGAAAAAGUCUCAAUUGAAAAUGCCUUUAUUGCAUGCCCUCCUUGUUUUCGAGAGUAGUUUAUGAAAUUUUAAGCAUUAGUCAUUUCUCUUGGUCGUUCUUAUUCUGUCUGUCCAACAUGUUCUAAUUCUAUUGUGUGGUAGUCAUUUCUCUUGGUUUGUGCUUUCAUAUAAGAUAUAAUUUACUGAGAACUUUGUUUGGUCUUUAUAUAUGCAAUGCAUGCUACUGUGAUGGAUUUAAACCAAACAUUCAUAACAAACCAACUUUUUGGACGGAGAACUGGGAUGAAUGGUAUGAACAAACUCAUCCUUCAAGGGAAUUGUCCAUUAAUAAGACACAUGGUUGUCAAUAGUGGCUGUAGAAAAUGUUGUUGUAGAUUGCAUUAUUGUACAUGCCACCAAUAGUCGCUACUACUUCUUUCUGGAAACCCUUGUUUUAACCAUGUUUAUUACUAUCUCUUUACUAAAUUCAGAAAUUGAACUUUUACUCUGCUUUCUUUGCCAUAGUAUCUGCCACUGUAGAAGUCAAGGUCAUAUAUCACUUUCUAUUUCCCUUUUCAUCUAAUUUUGAUUCUCAUUUUUUGCGUUAGACGUUGACUUAAAGUUCUUCCUUUGUUGAAGAUGGUCCUUUCCUAUUCUUUUGCAGGUAGCAGAUCCUGUUGUCUCAUUUUGUGAAAUAGUUGUUGAUUCUUCAUCCAUGAAAUGUUUUGCUGAAACAACAAACAAGAAGAAAAAAAUAACAAUGAUUGCGGAGCCACUAGAAAGAGGUCUGGCAGAAGACAUAGAGAAUGGUGUUGUUAGCACUGACUGGAACAAAAAGUAACUAGGUGAAUUUUUCCAGACUAAAUAUGAUUGGGAUCUUCUUGCUGCUUGGUCAAUCUGGGCUUUUGGCCCUGAUAAGCAGGGCCCUAAUAUUCUUUUAGAUGACACCCUUCCUACUGAAGUUGACAAGAACCUGCUCAAUGCUUUAAAGGAUUCCAUUGUUUACUUUGAUAAUGUUAUGUCAUUUAACAGAUUUCAGUGGGGUGCACGGGAAGGACCUUUGUGUGAUGAACCCAUUAGGAAUGUUAAAUUUAAGAUUGUUGAUGCAAGGACCUUUGUUUCUUCUUGGUGCUCUUUCACUUUCUACUGCUGGAAUGCUUGUUCCAUAUGGUUCCUUCCUUGUACCUCCAGGCUCAGGUUCUUCAACUGGUGGUACCGUUGCCAAGGAUGCCAUUGGCAAUGAUGUAGUUGCAUCAGAAUGGCUCAAGGUUCAUGGACCUGGUGACCGUACUCUUACACAAGGAUUAAAGGGUGAUCCUACCUAGUGGUAGAGAAAGAUAGAACACUUGCAACAUUUGCAAUUAACGCCGUAUGCACUCACCUCAGGUGUGUCAUGCCUUUUAAUCAAGCUGAGAACAAGUUCAUCUGCCCCUACCAUGGAUCUUAGUACAAUGACCAAGGAAGAGUUGUGAGAGGACCUGCACCUUUGUCUCUGGCAUUUGCCCAUUGUGAUGCUGGUGUGGAUGAUGGGAAGGUAGUGUUUGUUCCUUGGAUUGAAACAGAUUUCAGAACAGGUGAUGCUCCAUGGUGGUCUUAGAGUUGUUAAACUUGUCCCUAUAUUUAAAAAUGACAGUCUAAGCAGAAUGUCCUUUUUGUAUAUGGCUGGAGUGACGUAAUUUUUCUGAAGCUAACAAUGGUUGCUUGUCUUUUAAUUUAAUUUAAUCCUAUAUACAUUGACAGAUUAUUUAUGUUUAACAAUAAAUUUCAACUUGCAUAGAUUUUACUAAUAAUAUGAAUUUCUUGCUUAAAUCUGUCAGUACUCAGAAGUUGAACGUCAUAACAGUGAACAGUGUUGAAAUUGGUGCAAAUACAUGCAUUGACAGGAGAAGGUUGGUUAUUUUAGGGCUUAUCCUUUUCUAUUUAGUUUAGUGAUGUGUCAAAAAUGGUGAUAUAGUUUGAUUUUCACUUGAAGGAAUGUUAGCUCUAAUAUUUAUAUUUGUAGUUGAAAGGGGCAAUUUUUUUCUUUAGUAACUGCAUUAAUGGAAUUUUUUGAUACAAUUAUUGCUAAUGAAAUUUUUUAGAGCACACUUAUUGCUAUGAAAAUGAUAUAGAUUUGCCCCUUUCAAAAAACACACGAGCUAGCUUAAGUUGUGUCAAGUGUGAGCUUCCCUCUUUGUUUGUUAGAGGAAAGAAAAAGUAAAACUAGUUUUUGGGUUUAUUUGUUAAGAUUAAGAAAUAUUGUUUUCUGAUGGGCAGAAAAAAUCAGUCAAAGGUAUUGGAUUCUAAAUAUUCAAAAUUAUGACAGAAAAUGGAAAAUGGAGUAUUAGAUUCUAAACUAUCCUUUGAGUGGAUUAUUUAGUAUAUCUUGUGUUAUAUUCCAUCUUGUUGAGUUAUAGUUUGUUGACACCUAGCAUUGAUGAUAUCCAUGUGGUCAUUAUGUGGUGUUUCUAGUGAUAUUUUGUCAUGAGCUUUUCUUGUUGAUCAUGAUGCCUUGUGUUUUGCUUUUUCUUGUUUGUUUUUUACCUCUGAUAUGCUCAAAUUUAUAGGUAAGACUUGCAUUCGGGAAUUGUUGACCAAAUGGGUAAUCACGACGCCAUAGCAACAUGCAUUGGAUAUUCCAAUGAAACAUGUAAGCUACUUACCUAACCUAUGCUCCUUGUUUCUAUUUGUUUCGGUUAUAAGUUAUAAAAUUUUACUUUUAUUGUUUUUCAUUUGUUAUUUGAAUGGACACAAGAUGAGAUAAGAUAGAAAACAGAGUCAUUGAAGAGAAUGUUGGGAAGCCCACUAAAGAGAAUGUUGGGAAGCCCACAGUAAUUAUAAAUUGUUUGAAUGUUUGUUUUGGGCAAAUGAUAGGUCUAUCAAGGUCAAGCUUUAUUUUGUCCAAGUUCUUAUUAUGAUCUUGAUUGUUGCGUGUUUGUUAAUUACUUCAGGAUUUGACAACAAGUUAUUGUCAUGGGACGUUCGUACGAAGAAGGCUUCUCUUACUGAGUUGAGUUUCUCUCAUGUAUUUUCUCUUAAAACUUAGCAUAUGUACAUUGUUUUGAGCUAAAAAUGGUAAUCUUGAUUGUUUUUAUUUCUGAAAUCUCCUAGAAGUCAUUAAUCUUAUUAGGUUGGAUCUAUAUGGAUUUUUAAUUGUCAAAUUCACAAAUUUCUAAUUUCUUAACUUGUUCUUGGAAUUGGUAUUGUUCUCUAAGUAGGUAAUUUGAUUGAUACGAUUAUAAUGUUUUUUGCGAUUUUUUUAAUUAGGCCUAUUUUGUUUUGAUUAAAAUUAAUAACUAAAAUUAAGCCUAACAAAUUUUGAUUAAAAGUUAUUACAAACAUUUGCUAUAAAUUAGCUUGAGAUUUACUAUGAAAUUUUGGCGGCGAUAUUGUAGUUGUAUAGUUGGUGAAAACAUAACUCAAAAAAGACAUUUUGCUGGAACUUGGUUGUGGUUUAGCAAGAAACUUUAAUAUAUUAGUUUGAGUUUUGCUAGGAAAUUUUGGCCAAGAUAAUUAGUCACUCAAUCUAUGCUACGGCAUAUAUUGUAGCUAAUCCCCAACAAAUCUCCAACUAACUCUGUUUGAUAGAGAUUAGCUACUAAUUAGCUAUUGUAUCUGUCAUAGCAAAAUACACAUUUUCUUGUGGUGUUAUUAGAACUCAUUUAGGAUAUUUUAGAACCAAUACAAUAAUGUAACCUAUAACAUAUCUAUAAUUUUAUGGUGCUGAAUGAUAAUAUUAUCUUUAGGGUGUGUUUGAUUCGAGGUAAAUGGAGGGGAGGGGAGAGAAUAUUUAUAAUAAAAUGUGUUUGGUUUAAUUUUUAGGAGGGGAUAUGAGGGGAAGGGAGAGAAUAUUUAUAAUAAAAUGUGCUUGGUUUAAUUUUUAGGAGGGGAUAUGAGGGGAGCGGAAGGGAGUAAAAUCCUUCCAAAUCACACUUUUUGCGCCCCCGAAUCAGGGGAUUUGAAAAGGAGGGGAGGAAAUGUGACUCUUGAUAUUUAAUUAACUAAUAUAUUUAUUAAAAUAUCCUAAAUUUUAUUUUAUUAUUUCUUAUUUUCUU